AUGAGCAACGACGGACAAAUAAUAGUUAAAGAGCUCACCUCGGAUAGUCGUUGGGAUCAUGAAAACGGCUAUUACUGGUUCAGCGACACUCGAAGAAUCGGUAAACUCCUUGCGCAUUAUGAGCUUUUUAAGAGGGUACUGUCGCUCCCUGGCGACGUCGUUGAGUGCGGUGUUUUCAAAGCCGCGUCGUUGAUCCGUUGGCUUACUUUUCGGUCGAUUCUUGAGUCCGUUCACUCGAGGAAGGUGUUCGCCUUUGACGCGUUCGGGAAGUUCCCAACGACGCAAGUGGCAGGCCAGGCAGACAAAACGUUUGUACAAAGAUUUGAGUCCGACGCGGGCGAUGGUCUGAGCAUCGAAGAGAUGCAAAAGGUGCUCCAAUACAAGUCCCUUGCUGAAAAUAUAUAUUAUAUUCAAGGCGAUGUGAUCGACACCAUGCCAAAGUGGCUUGAAGAUAAUCCUCACUCACGCAUCGCCUUACUGCAUCUUGACAUGGACGUCUACGAGCCCACUAAAGCAGCGCUAGAUCACUUGUGGAAGAGGAUGGUCAGAGGUGGCAUUGUCGUCAUAGACGAUUACAACACUGUUGAAGGAGCCACGAGGGCAGUCGAAGAGUUCCUUGCAGACAAGGACAUCAAACUUGAGAAGCUGGGACUGAACCACACACCGAGCUUCUUCACAAAGCCUUAG